AUGGUAGCCGGCAUUCUUCGCCAGAAUAACAUAGCUUGGUCCUUCAGAAAGUCUCUCGUUGUCAUCCUUCCAGCGGCCUCUCGAUAUAAAGAACUCAAAUUUGUGAGAGGGAUUUUGGAAAAUGACCCUACAAACAGUCUUGCUUGGCUAUACUUGGUCUGGUUUGUCCGGAUGUAUGUGAAGGAUUUCUUGAUUGAUACCAUAGACACUGAACUUAGAGACGUGACGGACGUGUUAAAGUGUCGAGAUAACAUGCAUGCUUGGUGCUACAGGCAGUGGCUUGUUGCCGAGAAACAUCAGAAUGGUGGUGACUUUCAGUCUGCUGUGUCUAUUAUUCGUGAGGAAUGCAAUUUGACUGGUCAAGUUUUAGCUGACGAUGUAAAGAACAUCUAUGCCUGGUCACACAGAAAGUGGACCAUGGAGAGAUUUGGGGGUUGGAAAGACGAACUUAUGUUCUGCCAGCAAGUCCUUGAAAAUGACAUUCGAAAUACCUUAGCUUGGAACCAGUUUUAUUAUAACACUUUGGUGGUUACUUUGUACAUCGGGGGUGUGUUUGAGAAGCUAACAACUUUUUGA